CCACCGCAUACGGUAUAAAAGGGCGAACGCGGGGCCAGGGCCUCCUCUCUGUCUCAGGCCCGAGUGCAAGAUGUCUCACCGCAAGUUCUCGGCUCCCAGGCACGGCUCCCUGGGCUUCCUGCCCCGCAAGAGGAGCCGCAGGCACAGGGGGAAAGUGAAGAGCUUCCCCAAGGACGACUCUAGCAAGCCCGUCCACCUGACUGCCUUCCUGGGGUACAAGGCUGGCAUGACCCAUAUUGUGCGGGACGUUGACAGGCCUGGAUCGAAGGUGAACAAGAAGGAGGUGGUGGAGGCCGUUACAGUGGUUGAAACUCCUCCGAUGGUCAUCGUUGGUCUUGUUGGCUAUGUCGAGACUCCUCGUGGGCUUCGUACCUUCAAAACUAUCUUUGCAGAGCAUAUCAGUGACGAAUGCAAGAGGCGCUUCUACAAGAACUGGUACAAGUCCAAAAAGAAGGCCUUCACAAAGUAUUGCAAGAAGUGGCAAGAUGAGGAUGGCAAGAAACAGCUGGAGAAGGAUCUGAACAGCAUGAAGAAGUACUGCCAAGUUAUUCGCAUCAUUGCUCACACACAGAUGCGCCUGCUCCCUUUGCGCCAGAAAAAAUCGCACAUCAUGGAGAUCCAGUUGAAUGGAGGAACCAUUGCAGACAAAGUUGACUGGUCAAGAGAGAAGCUGGAGCAGCAGAUUCCCAUUACUUCCGUGUUUGGUCAAGAUGAGAUGAUCGAUGUCAUCGGUGUAACCAAGGGCCAUGGCUUCAAGGGGGUGACAAGCCGUUGGCACACAAAGAAACUACCGAGGAAGACUCAUAAAGGUCUACGCAAGGUUGCUUGCAUUGGAGCUUGGCAUCCUGCCCGCGUGGCUUUCUCUGUUGCCCGUGCAGGUCAGAAAGGUUACCACCACCGCACUGAGGUCAACAAGAAGAUUUACAGGAUAGGGGGAGGCUACCAAACAAAGGAUGGCAAGUUAGUGAAGAACAAUGCCUCUACAGAGUAUGAUCUGACAGACAAGAGCAUCAACCCUCUGGGAGGAUUCCCCCAUUAUGGUGAAGUGACCAAUGACUUCCUCAUGGUGAAAGGCUGCGUGGUUGGUACCAAGAAGCGUGUGCUCACUCUGCGCAAGUCGCUGUUGGUUCAAACUAGCCGUCGUGCUGGGGAGAAGAUAGACCUGAAAUUCAUUGACACCUCUUCCAAAUUUGGUCAUGGUCGCUUCCAGACCAUUGAAGAGAAGAAGGCGUUCAUGGGACCACUGAAGAAGGAUAGAAUUAUAAAGGAGGAAACUGCAUAAACCGUGGGCCAAUUUUGUCAAUUGUAACUUUGAUCCUGCUGUGAUUGUAUUCUUCAAUAAAUACUGCUUUCAAAAAGCAAUUUACAUCUUUAA